ACUUAGUGGGUUGUUCUGACUGACACGCAUUACAUGUUUCAAACUCGCUGUGCUCCCGGAUAUGGUCGUUUUCUUGGCAAGUCAAGCUCUCAAACGCCGUUUCCCGGUACCAGUAUGAUCCCGGGUCGGUUCGCAAUCGUACCAAGUCUGUCGCGGUCUACAGUUUGUUCUCUGGAAGGCUUCCGUACGAUUGGCACUGGGAUAUAUCUCCGGGAUAGUCACGAACAAUGUCAGGAUACUAAAUGUCCAAACGUCAUUUUGAUAUUCGGAUGGCUGGGAGCACAUCCUAGGCACUUGCGGAAUUAUAUCAGUGCAUAUGCCAAACUGUACCCAAAAGCAUCUCAGAUCGUUGUUCAGUGCAAUGCCGACUUGCUCUGGACUACAACCAGUACUAGGUCUCGGAAGCUCAAGCCUGUCAUCGAUGCCUUAGAAGCCCUGCAUUGCUUACCAUCUUCUCCUGCCCCACGGCCUGCGCGAAUACUUACUCACGUGUUUUCCAAUGGAGGUUCCCUGCAAAUGACACUUCUUGGACAUAUGCUGCAGCAGAAAUAUGGUUCCGCACCAGUUCUAGAGUCAUCUGCGAGCGCAUUGAUUCUUGACUCGUGCCCCGCAGCAGGUGACCUUAAAUCAGUCAAACGCGUUGUCAGAACUGUCAUCCAGAACCCAAUCGCCAGGCACAUCGUACUCGCAAUCGUACACGCAGUAUACUCUGUCCGCUUCGGGCUCUCUUUGUUGUUCGGCAAGCAAAUGAUUAUGCUGGAAAAACUCCAAAUCGAAAUGUGGAAUCCCUCAAUCCUAUCGUGGAUGGGUCUCCACACACCCCGCCUCUACCUUUUUUCGCGCAGAGAUGAACUGAUUUCGUGGCAAGAGGUCUCACGACAUGCAGAGAUUGCGAAGGAGCACGGAAUGGAUGUGCGUUGCGAGCUGUUUGAAGAGAGCGCGCAUGUAGCGCACGCCCGAGUCGAGCCAGAGAGGUAUUGGUCUUCAGUUCAGGAGGUUUGGAGUGUCGCAACCAAGGGGAAAAACAAGGAUUAGGAGACAUAUAUCCUUGUUCGAUUAUACGUCUUCAGAACGUGAACAGUCAUCAUGUUGUCCAUCUAGAGUAGAGUUGUGCCGCGUCCUGUUAACCUACUUACAGCUACUUCUAGUACUGUCCGCCCCGGGAAACGUUGGGGGCGGCUGAGGCAAAGUUGAAUGCCUGUAAUUAAAGAGAAUGUAUAUCCCUGGAAAUUGUACAAUUGUGAGUAAGUUGGAAACACACACA